AUGGGGUCUGAAAACCCAAGUCCACAGAACCCUGGCUGUAAGAUCAUGACCUUCCGUCCUACCCUAGAGGAGUUUCGGAACUUUGGGAAAUAUGUUGCUUUCAUCGAAUCGCAGGGAGCUCAUAGGGCAGGGCUUGCCAAGGUGAUUCCUCCCAAGGAAUGGAAGCCCCGAAAGACUUAUGAUGACAUCGAUGACAUGGUCAUCCCAGCACCUAUCCAGCAGGUGGUGACUGGGCAGUCAGGAUUAUUCACCCAGUAUAAUAUACAGAAGAAACCCAUGACGGUGGGAGAAUACCGGCGUCUGGCCAACAGUGAGAAGUACUGUACUCCUCGCCACCAAGAUUUUGAAGACCUGGAACGCAAAUACUGGAAGAAUCUGACAUUCGUCUCACCAAUUUAUGGGGCAGAUAUCAGUGGCUCACUAUAUGAUGCCGAUGUAGAAGAGUGGAAUAUUGGGAAUCUGAACACCCUGUUGGACAUGGUGGAGCAUGAAUGUGGGAUUAUCAUAGAAGGUGUGAACACCCCCUACCUUUAUUUUGGCAUGUGGAAAACAACAUUUGCAUGGCAUACUGAGGACAUGGAUCUCUACAGCAUCAACUACCUACAUUUUGGGGAGCCAAAAUCCUGGUAUGCCAUACCACCAGAACACGGCAAGCGAUUGGAACGCCUGGCAAAAGGAUUUUUCCCAGGAAGCUCUCAGGGAUGUGAUGCCUUCCUUCGCCACAAGAUGACCCUCAUUUCACCCUCCAUCUUGAAGAAAUAUGGCAUCCCAUUUGACCGGAUCACCCAAGAGGCUGGCGAGUUUAUGAUCACAUUUCCUUAUGGCUACCACGCAGGAUUCAACCACGGCUUCAACUGCGCUGAGUCCACCAACUUUGCCACACUGCGGUGGAUUGACUAUGGCAAAAUGGCUACGCAGUGCACUUGCCGCAAAGACAUGGUGAAGAUUUCCAUGGAUGUUUUUGUGAGGGUUCUACAGCCGGAACGUUAUGACUUAUGGAAACAAGGGAAAGAUGGUGCUGUUCUGGACCACAUGAAACCCACAGCUCUGACCAGCCCAGAGCUGGAUGCCUGGAAUGAGACAAAGCCUGAGCUGAAAGCUAAGCUGCUCCGCAGGAUGGGAGAUGAAGAAGAGGACAACAAACAAAAUUACCGGUCUCACAGAAAAAGAAGUCAACCCAGAAGGCAUAAAACAGAGGAUCAGAAGUCUCUUGGGGAAGUCAUAGCUAUGGAGACUGCCCUGGAAGAAGUCAAAAUGAAGGAGGAGGUGAAAAGGGGACCAGAUCUAGAUGAAGAGGAGAGAAGUAAAGUGACUGAGGGGGGAGAAGGAGACAGUAAGGUAAAGGGCCGUCCCCCAAAAGUAAAAGGUGAGAGAAAGAAGAAGCACCCUCACCAUCAGCACCACCACCAUCACAGUCAUCACCUGCAGCCACCUCAGCCUCCUUUGCAGCAGCAGCUGCUGCCACCGCCUCCUCCACAGCCACAGCAGCAACCAGCAGAGGAAGAGGCAUCAGCAGCGCAGCCACUGAUUCCUGUAGCAGCACCAGCAUCUGCCACGCCAGAGAAGAGCUUACCCUCUGCUCCCCUCAACAUCGUCCUGCCCUCAGAGGUGCCAAGCGAGGAGGAUGACUUUAAGCCCCGACCCAUCAUUCCCAUGCUUUAUGUGGUUCCACGGACCAAAAAGGUGGUCUUUGAAAAGGAGCGCAUAUCCUGCCAGCAGGCCUUUGAGCAGUUUGCCACACAAAAAGGCCAGGUUUGGCGGGAGCAGGUGGUCCCUUUGGAGCUCACUGUGAAGGAGGAAGAGAGCGGAGAAGCAGAAAAUGCAGAUGUUGCCACUGAGGUCAGUGACUUACAGGCCACGUCUGCUUUUUCAAAAAUGAAGAUGGAGAUAAAGAAAAGUCGCCGUCACCCACUGGGCAAACCACCAACCCGCUCCCCAUUGUCUGUGGUUAAACAGGAGGCCUCAAGUGAUGAGGAAACGUUUCCAUUUUCCGGGGAGGAGGAUGUGAGUGACCCAGAGGCUAUGAAGUCUUUACUUUCCCUGCAGUGGAAGAAUAAAGCACAUAACUUCCCAGCUGAGCGAAAAUUCAAUGCAGCUGCUGCCCUGAGCGAGCCCUAUUGUGCUGUCUGUACCCUCUUCUACCCUUAUAACCAGUUACCUUAUCUGCAAAUGGGAAUACUGCCCACCUCAGAGGGAUGGUGUGAGAACUGAUGUGCAAAGCUCUUUGAGAUCCUCUGAUGGGGAACACGAUAAGUGCAAAUUAUUAUUAUUAUUAAUGUUGUCUACACAAGGCCACCAGAACUGUGCAAAACUUGCCUUUCUCCUAAAAACUGGUGGACCACAUGCUUUUUCUCCUCUUCAUCCACCAACACUCGGAGCUUGACAACUUCUCAAGCUGAGUAGGCGCAGCUCAGGGGUCCGUACAGAGAAAGCAGCCUCUGCUCUUUGUGGGUACAUCUAUACUGCAAUAAAACCCCAAACAAAAAACCCAGCCCACAACAGUGAGACUCAGAGCCUGCGUGAACUGACUUGGGCUUGAGUGACUUGCAGAGCAUUGUAGACAUUCCUCUGAGACAACCCUCCUUGCUGGGUUUCUGAGCCCAAGCUCCUGCCCAAGCGGGAAUGUCUACACUACUAUUUUUAGCCCCAUAGCAUGAGCCUGAGUCAGUUGACCCAGGCUCUGAGACUUGCUGCUGCAGGUUUUUUGUGUUUUGCAGUGUAGCUGUACCCUGAGGCACUCUGCCUGAUUGAAAGAGGAUUCUACCUGGAUCUGUUUUUACGCUCUCCAGGUUGUUUGAAACGGGAGGGUGGAUUUACAAAAUGCUGACCGAGAGUAAUUUCAGGUCCUUCUGUGGUUUUGUUCCUACCUAGGAGAGGCCAACCUCAGUGCUACUGAAUUGCGAACAUAUGCUACAGCAUCCCUCUUUUCCCAGGCUCAUACAGGCAGCUGUAACGUUUCAGUUACGCAAGCAAGAGCAAUGGUGUUGGUCUCGGUUUUAUAAAUUAAUGCAUUGGAGCCUGGGCUUAGUGUAAUGCGGGAGGCACUGUACAAGGCAGCAGAAAGGAGAUAUGCAUAUGUAAAUCUUUGUGGUGUGUAAUUUGUUUUAAUUUUCUAAUCAUUUGAGUAAAUCAGAGCUAAUACCCAGAAAGGUUUUCUGGGCACGUCCAGCUUUCCUCACUUGCCAUAAGAGGCUGCUGGGAUUUAAAGUUCUGGGAACUUCAGUUUAAGAUGCAGAUUUUCUUGGCAAUUGUUGCCAAGCAAAACAUUGGGAACCAAAUCUAACCCUGUCCCACCUAUCAAAUGUAUAUUAUAAAUCAGACCACACAGGACGGGAUACAUCCAAAAUUUGUAAAGCCCCUCAACUCUCAAGAUGGUAAAUUCUUCUGUGCAUUGCGUACAUAGUGCUGAUAACUUAGCUGUGCCUGGUUUAAACACCAAAGCUGCACAUUUCAAGGGGAUUGGAAAAAAUAAGAUUUAACACACUGACACAUUUGGGUCCUGUAGUGAUUUACAGGAGCAGACAUUAAUACAUACAGUGCUGCUACACUUGCGUAUGCAUCAAAUUGGUAGUCAGCAUGAGGUAGCCUUGUAGCACAGGUAGCCCUGUAGUAAUAGGGGUGUGUGUGUGUGUGUGUGUGUGUGAAUAUCUGUGAAUAUAUUUGUAUGCAGGCGUGUGUAAUUACCCUCACACCUCCAUAGGUGUAGAUCAGAAUCACACGGAGAAGAGGAGGGUUUUUUAUCAGUUUAAAUAUGCUUGUUCCAACAUUGUAUCCCCCAGUUACUAGUUUGAUGGCCUUCUGUUUUCUCGCAUCCAGUUCCACUAAGGUAUCGCUUUUCAGAGAUGUACUGAAUCUCUUCUCCCUUUAUUUUCAAAAACUGGGAAUAAAAAUCCUAGUGGGCCUCUUGCUGUCCCAGCAGAUCUGGGUGAUUUUUUUUCUUUUAAAUAUAUAUGAUUAGUGCAGUAGUUUUGUUCAAAUGUGCUUUAGCCCCAUUCACAUCUGUGUGCGUUGCUUUCCCUUAGUGUUCAAGCAGUGUUUUUGAAACUGGUAUUUAAAAUCACACAUGCAAAUCUUUGCACCAGAAAUCCUAGCACACACAUCCAGCCAGGGAACAGAAACAUACAAUACUAUUCGUCUGACCACUUGUAUCUAAGCACUUUAUCCAGCUUCUGAAUAUUCACAAGCAAAAAGUAAGAUUAGAGUAAAAAAUCAUCCACUGAAUUUGAACAUCAGCUUUAAGGAAUUUUCAAUUUGCUUCCAGAUACUUCAUGAGCAGGAAGGCAAAAUUUGUUAGAUAUGUUAUUUGCUCAACUCUGCCCCAGUUUGUCCCUGCAUAAAUAGGGCACAUGGAGCCAGACACAGCUCUGUGUUCACUUGGGGCAUGCGUGUUUAAAAAAAAAAAAUCCCUGAUUUAUUCUGCAGACAGAAAAUAAAGUAUCUCUCCAGGACUGCAUGAUGUUGCUGUAUAAUGGAUUGUGAGGAGACUUGGGUGCAGCUGGGCUGUUUAAUCUGUUAUUUUUAACUCUGGUUUACUACCAGAAACCUUUAAAUGUCUUUCUGAAGAAAGAACAGGAGAGGGUACGGAGGGAGAGGGGUAGAUCUUGCUUAUUCUGUUGAGAGAGUCUUCUUCUGCAGCAUUUGGGGAUUUGAUCUUAUUUUGUAAAAGUAUAAAUGCAAAAAUAGUGAAUGCUGCUCAUUAUUCUAAUACAGGGGUUCUCAAACUGGGGGUCGGGACCCCUCAGGGGGUCAUGAGGUUAUUACAUGGGGGGUCACGAGCUGUCAGCCUCCACCCCAAACCCUGCUUUGCCUCCAGCAUUUAUAAUGGUGUUAAACUAAAAACACUUUUUUGUAUAUUUAUAAGGGGGGGUCGCACUCAGAGACUUGCUAUGUGAAAGGGGUCACCCGUAAAAAAAAGUUUGAGCCACUGUUCUAAUGCUUCCCUGAGCUUUCAAACCAAACGACAAAUCCCAGGGCACACCCUGUUGGAACGGAGGGAGCAACAAGAUUCUUGUCAUGUGAGGUAGGAGUUGGGAUAAGAGCACUUGUUGCGUGGUUGCAAACAGCAUGAGCUAGUGAGGAUUGAUUUUUUUCACAAGGGCAAUAUUCUUUGAAUUUUAGAACAGCUGGUGGAUGGGCAAAGUGGAGACUCUGUGUACCACUGUUUCCUUUUCCUCCUUAAGUCCUUACAGAUGGAUAAAGAGGCUGUCCAGGUCUCUACAGGGGAGAGCUCCUCCUUGCUCCAGCUUUCAAAGUGUGGACAGAAGACAAAGCCUCUGAUCCCUGAGAUGUGUUUUACCUCAGGUGGUGAAAACACAGAGCC